UCACUCUGAGAGGGUUUCUAACUGAACCAGGAAAACCAUGACGUGCUGUGAAGGGUGGACAUCCUGCAAUGGCUUCAGCCUGCUCAUUCUGGUCCUGCUAGGAGUGGUUAUCAAUUGUAUACCCUUGGGUAUCAGCUUAGUGGAGGCAGACUCGGUUUCUCAAAACCCCAUCUCCUGCUAUGAGUGGUGGUUCCCGGGAAUUAUAGGAGCGGGUCUGAUGGCCAUCCCAGCAACAGCAAUGUCCUUGGCAGCGAGAAAAAGAGCAUGCUGCAAUAAUAAGACCGGGAUGUUUCUUUCAUCACUCCUAAGUGUGAUCACAGUCAUUGGUGCUGUGUAUUGCAUGUUGGUAUCGCUCCAGGCUCUCUCGGAAGGACCUCUAAUUUGUAACACUCAGGUCAACAGUACUGUCACUUGUGAAUUUUCGCUGAAAAACUUAAGUAACUUCCAUCCUGAAUCCUUCAAUCUGCUGUGGUUCUUCAAUGACACUUGUGCUUCUCCUACUGAUUUUAAAAACCUCGCUCUCAAUAACAUGGUCAGUAACUGGAGAAUACCCAACUCCAACUCUGAAGAGGACAGAUACAGGAUUUUCCACUUCUCAGUAUUUAUGAGUCUCCUGCUUGUUGGAAUCCUUGAGCUCCUGUUUGGGCUCAGUCAGAUACUCAUUGGUUUCUUUGGCUGUCUGUGUGGUGUCUCUCAUCGACGGAGUCAAAUUGUAUAAAGGGCAAUAAACUAGAAUACCAGUACUUUGAAUAAUUUGAAAAUUGCAUUUAAAAUAUAUACUUUUGUAAGUUCAAUAAUGAA